AUGGUGGCUGAUAUGUGCGUGUCGAUUAAAGCAGGAAGCUCUGAUUAUUUGGAGAAACAUCCAGAGCGCAGAAUAUCAUUUUCCCAAAAUUUUUACAUUAUUGGUGUUACUUUUGCAGCUGGUAUUGGUGGCCUUCUAUUUGGUUAUGAUACUGGUGUGAUAUCUGGCGCUCUCUUGUACAUAAAAGAUGAUUUUGAAGUUGUAAAGAACAGUAGUUUUCUUCAGGAACUAAUAGUUGCCAUGGCCUUAAUUGGUGCAAUUUUCGGCGCCGCCAUUGGUGGUUACAUUAAUGAUUCUUUAGGGCGUAAGGCUGCCACUAUUGUGGCAGAUAUUUGUUUCGCAGUAGGAUCACUCUUGAUCACCGUCGCACCAAAUCCCACUCUUAUCAUAGUUGGCCGGUUUUUUGUUGGCCUAGGUGUAGGUUUCGCCUCUAUUACUGCUCCUAUGUAUAUUGCAGAAGUAUCACCGUCUGAAAUAAGAGGUGGAUUAGUUAGUGUCAAUUGUCUUAUGAUCACAACUGGCCAAUUUCUUUCCUUUGUCAUCAAUUAUGGUUUGACUAGAGUUCCUGGAACAUGGCGUUGGAUGCUUGGAAUUGCAGGUACACCAGCUGUUAUUCAGUUGGUUCUUAUGGUCUUUCUUCCUGAGUCCCCCAGAUGGCUAUAUUUGAAGAAUAGGAAGGAGGAGGCCACCAAUGUUCUUUCUAGGAUAUACCCAUCUCCUCGAUUGGAGGACGAAAUAGAUAUUCUUGAAGCUCACAUGGAGCAAGAACAAAAGGAUAAGGUCAAAGUUAAAUACAGUGAUGUAUUUAAGUUGAAAGAAAUCAGAGUUGCGUUCAUAUGUGGCGCUGGACUUCAAGCAUUCCAACAACUUACCGGUAUUAGUGUUAUAAUGUACUAUAGCCCAACAAUCAUUCAAUUGGCUGGCUUCAAAUCAAACGAAUCGGUGUAUUUUAUGGUUCCUCGGACAUUAUGGCAUGCACGGAUGCACGGGACCUUGACAUCAACUGCCUCAACGCUAGUUAGCACAUUGCGGGAGCCAUCGACUUUGAGGCUGGAUGAUAUUGAGGGAGACAACUAUGCAACGCUUGGAGCAAUCGCGGCACCUCAUUGUACAACUCCUCCCAAUCACCAUAUAUCUAGGCAAUUGCCUUUUGUUUUGCCAUCCAAACCUUCUAGUAUGACGGCUUGA